UGCAGAAAAUGGAGCUGGAGCUCGAGGCGCCGCGAGCGCAGAUGCUCUCCAGUAUAAAGCGGCGUUGGGGCAUGCAGCAGCCUCUACUACCAUUCGACUCGAGUUCAGCUCUCUUGCCAAGACUGUCGUGCGAUUGAUUGAUUGAUCGAUCGAUCGAUCGAUCACCGCUUCUGCAAAGCAUUUCGUUAGUUCCGCGAGCUGGAAGUGUGUGUGUAUCUGUGCGUGGAUUUCUGAGAGUGGAUUUGCAUCGUACCGAGCGCUUUGAAUUCUCUGGGUUGUGAAGUUCAGCUUUGAGGAAAGAGUGGGUUCUGUGAGAUUUUUUUUGUGGGUUGAGUUCCGGGCCUAUCAAUCAUGUGUGGAAUUCUAGCGAUUCUCGGUGCCGACGGCGCCGUUCCGUCUGCCGGACGUGAUCGCGCUCUAGCGCUGUCCCGAAGGCUGCGCCAUCGAGGACCUGACUGGAGUGGACUCUUUGAGGGCAAGGAUUCCUGGUGUUACCUCGCUCAUGAGCGCCUGGCUAUCAUCGAUCCGGCUUCGGGUGAUCAACCCCUCUACAAUGGCACUAAGGACAUCGUUGUCGCUGCUAACGGAGAGAUUUACAACCACGAGUUGUUGAAGAAGAACAUGAAACCACACGAGUACCACACGCAGUCCGAUUGCGAAGUCAUUGCUCAUCUUUAUGAGGAUGUAGGUGAGGAGGUUGUGAACAUGCUUGACGGCAUGUGGUCGUUCGUGCUGGUGGACAGCCGAGACAACUCCUUCAUCGCAGCCCGCGACCCCAUCGGCAUCACUCCUCUCUAUCUUGGUUGGGGAGCCGAUGGAACUGUGUGGUUUGCCUCGGAGAUGAAAGCCUUGAAGGACGAUUGCGAACGGCUUGAGGUCUUUCCACCAGGCCACAUCUACUCAAGCAAAGCUGGAGGGCUCCGUCGCUACUACAACCCACAGUGGUUCUCAGAGACUUUUGUUCCCGAAACUCCUUACCAGCCUCUGGAACUACGUUCAGCCUUCGAGAAGGCUGUGGUAAAGAGGCUCAUGACCGACGUCCCCUUCGGUGUGCUCCUUUCCGGAGGCUUGGAUUCUUCCUUGGUGGCAUCAGUGGCAGCCCGACAUCUUGCCGAAACCAAAGCUGUCAGAAUCUGGGGCAACGAGCUCCACUCCUUCUGUGUUGGCCUUGAGGGUUCUCCCGACCUGAAGGCUGCGAGGGAAGUUGCCAAGUACAUCGGCACCCGCCACCACGAAUUUAACUUCACCGUCCAGGAAGGAUUGGACGCUCUGUCUGACGUGAUCUACCAUGUGGAGACCUACGACGUGACCACCAUUAGGGCGAGCACACCAAUGUUCCUCAUGACACGGAAGAUCAAGGCUCUGGGUGUGAAGAUGGUGUUGUCUGGGGAGGGAUCCGACGAGAUCUUUGGUGGUUACCUCUACUUCCACAAAGCUCCCAACAGGGAGGAGUUUCACCACGAACUAGUCCGCAAGAUCAAGGCGCUACACUUGUACGAUUGCCAGAGAGCCAACAAAUCAACCUCUGCUUGGGGUCUGGAAGCUCGUGUUCCCUUCCUUGACAAGGAGUUCAUGGACGUUGCGAUGAUGAUCGACCCUAGCGAGAAGAUGAUCAGGAAGGACCUGGGCAGAAUUGAGAAGUGGGUGCUGCGUAAAGCUUUCGAUGACGAAGAGAGACCAUACUUGCCCAAGCACAUUUUGUACAGGCAAAAGGAGCAAUUCAGCGAUGGAGUGGGCUACAGCUGGAUUGAUGGACUCAAGGAAUAUGCGGAGAGCCAUGUGACGGAUCAGAUGAUGAAGCACGCGAAGCAUGUGUACCCCUUCAACACGCCCAACACCAAAGAAGGAUAUUACUACCGAAUGAUCUUCGAGAAGCAUUUCCCCCAACAAUCCGCCCGGAUGACGGUCCCCGGAGGUCCUUCGGUAGCAUGCAGCACCGCCACAGCUGUGGCAUGGGACGAAGCAUGGGCCAACAACUUGGACCCCUCCGGCAGAGCAGCAUUGGGAUGCCAUGACUCAGCUUACACAGACAAACACAGUGAGAAAGCUGCACCAGCGGCAGAAGCUAACGGCACGGCUUCUCACGAGAACGGCCACACAUUCUCCAAGCCCAAAUCCACACUGGAUGCCACCAUUCUGAAAACUCAGGCCGUGCACUAAUCUCUAGCAAGACACACGUUUCAGUAGUUAUCUAAGUGGCAGCAACUGCAACCAAGCCUCAGAAUGGGCUCCCAACAAGCUGGGUUUCCAUGUGAAGAGCUGGAGCUUGAAUUGCAACAUGCGCCCUGUAACAAUAAUAGAAAACUCGCUCAAAACAAACGUAGAAAAAUAGAAUAAAGAGUACUGGACUGAAAGACCGAAGACCUUUGCUUGAGUCCUCUGAGGCGCUGGUAUGGAUAUAAACCGGACAGUGUAUGGCAAAUAGUGCGAGGAAAGUAAUUUUAAUAAGUUAGCAGCUAUAGUUUGAGCUAUGGCAGUCACAGACCCAUAUCUGUACAAGCUUCACUUCCCCUAAGUUAUGAAUUCCCUCGUUUCCAGUUUCAUAUA